AUGAGCUCUUCGCAGCUGAAAUUGCAGUUCCCUUCAAUGGCUAAAAAGCUAAACCAAGAUGGAUGGAGUCCCCUACACAUAGCUUCUGAAAAAGGGCAUGUAGAAAUUGUGAAGAUGCUCUUGAAAAUAGACAAAGAACUCUGCCUCAUCGAAGGCCAGGAAGGGAUGGUGCCUCUUCACUGUGCAGCCAAAUCUGGGAAUCCCCAUAGUGAAGAUGUUAUAAAGGAGCUCCUCUCUGCUUGCCCCAUGUGUAUCAACACAGUAACUACCCGAAAUGAAACAGCUCUUCACAUUGCUGUAAAGAGUGGUAAUCCCAAAAACUUUGAAGCUCUGUUGAAAUGGAUCAAGAAAAAAUGUGGCUACGACAUUCUAUGCUGGAAGGAUUAG